AUGAAAAUCUACACUCUUGACGGUGCUAUCAACGCGUUUUUCAGCGCACAAAUCUCACCCACUCGACAGGAAUGUGACGACCUUGCAGCAGAAAUCGUUCGAGGCCCGGUGUAUCCGUUGUCAAUCCAAGGGUGUUUUAGCUAUACUGUUUCGACCAAGGGUGAUGAAGAAAACAAAAUUGUUCAAUUCCGCGUCAGUCACUCCCCACUUGAUGUUGGCAUCAUCCAGUUAGCACAAGAAAUCCAUGGCAAUGUUGUACCACCCACUCAGUACUAUGGUGAAGUCGGGAGUGGUCCGACGGCACCCCUCCAGAUCUACAUCAUUAAAAAGCUAUCCGGGAUAACCUGCAUCGACAUGGUCCUCCAGUACCAGCGCAACCCCUCCUGCUCAAUGCCGAAGCUGAGAAUAAUCCAGGAUCUCUCACGAUACUUCGCAUCAGCUUGGCUCCACCCCCAAGACGUGCCACAAGCAAAGCGAAAAGAAAAUCAAGAACAGAUCUCGAAAAAGCCAUUCGUUCUCAAUUCCGCCUUGCCCCCACGCUAUUGUACUUUGAUAUCAUCUCUACAAGCUGACCUGCAUCAACUUUAUUCCCCCAUCUACCCUCAAGUUCUCACCCAUGGAGACCUCAAUGCCAUGAACACCCUUGUGAUGCCUGUGACUGGCCAGAUUUCUGGUCUUGUGGAUUGGGCUGAAGCAAGUAUACUGCCCUUCGGAAUGGGACUCUACGGCUUGGAAAUUAUGCUUGGAAAUAUGGAUUCUCAAGGGUAG